AUGGUCAUCGAGGUGAAUUCUCAGGAGAAGCGGUCUCUCAUUGCCAGAGAGACUGGGCUACUAGUUGUCAUAUCAGAUGAGCAUGAUCAGGAUGGCAAUAGUGCAGAUACAGGGGGGUGCGUGCCCUAUAGACGAACCUUUUUGAUGAGUGGAGCUGCGCUGUCGGCCUGUGUUGUCAUGGCGGCGGCAAUAUUGCUUCUGUCAAGAAGACUGGUCAUGCAGCAGGAGGCUGACCUUUCUAUGCCGAGCGUUCAGUCUAAGCAGUUGGAGCACUUCAGUGCAGACAUGUCUUGCAUGCCACAGUGUCCGGCCUCACGUCGACUGGAGGAGGAGCAUGCGGAUGGGGUCUCCAGCCUGGAGAAGUGCUUAGAGAGCUGCCCCUCCACUGGCUUCAUGGCCACCAUGGAGUUUGGUGAGUGCAAGGCCAAGUGCCAGAGGAAGCAUCCUGCAGCAGGGAUGAAGAAUGUUCCGGAUUCAGAGCCACCCUUGGAAGGAUGCAAGCGCCAGUGCCGCCAACACGGUGGCAACUUUUGGCAUCUGUUGUACUCUGACUGUGCCCAAGCCUGUGCUGCAAAGACAGCCCUUCCUCAGGUCCAGUACAUGAAAAAGUACAACAUCUCCUUCGACUCAGAUAUGGAAGAUCUGCAUGCGGAUGUGACCGCGCUCCUUAGGACGAGGUUUCAGUUCAAGAAGCGCUCCAGCAGUCAUCCUUUCAGCUUCGUGCUCGAGAAGUAUCAGAAGAAGGUGGCCGAUGCUUUGGGCAAGGUCUUGGAGCUGCCCGAGGAUGCGCCACUGCCCCAUGUGAUACUGAGGCAGUACCGACCUGGGAUCCAUCAUGUGGUCCCAAGGGUUCUCUUCAAGGACCCGGGCGAUGACGUAGAAGCCGUCGUGGACAUGAAGGGCCUGCCCAUCUCUGACGUGAAGAAGCUGUCCGACAAGUCCGUGCUGAAAAAGAUAGACGAGGAGCUGCGAAAUUCGCUUGUCAGAGAUCUGACGACCGUCGGUCUCGCGGAAGUAUCACCAACAGAAGCCUUGGAAAGCACAUCCUCAACAGUAGAUGGCAACUUUGUUUCUUUGGGUUGGCACACAGUCUGCCGACUGAACGAGGCUGACACAUCCUACGAUGGAAAUGGAAAGGCGAGAAUCGUGCAUGGCCAGUCCUUGCAACAAUGCUCCAUGCUGUGCAAUGACUGGAACAUCUUCUGCUACGGCUUCGAGUUCCGAAGCCACACAGGGCGGUGCGAGAUUUGGACGACGCCCAUUUGCGCUCACACCCAGGUGCUCAAGAACAAAGACCUCGGUGCACAUGAAAGUACAUGA